UCCAGCACAUAAACCUGCACCAGCACCUGGAUUUUCAAACACUACCUACGCACCAGGAAAUCAAGUCCCUGCUGACUACCCUCAGCAUGCACCUGGGACUUACCAAGGUGUCGCAGGUGCGGGGAGCUAUGGCUUCCAGGUACAGGCUAUGGGAGUCCCAGCUGGACUUGCUGUUCCACCCAUCCAGAACCAGCCCAUCGUGAAGGAGGGGACGAUCUGGAUGCCUGUCCCUCCUCCUCUUCCCAACUGCCCUCCUGGACUGGAAUACCUCACGCAGAUUGACCAGAUAUUAAUUCAUCAGCAAAUUGAACUUCUUGAGAUUUUGACUGGCUUUGAAACAAACAACAAAUAUGAAAUCAAGAAUACGCUGGGGCAAAGGGUGUACUUUGCAGCAGAGGACACUGACUGCUGUACCAGGAAUUGCUGUGGGCCAUCACGACCCUUCACCCUCCGGAUCAUAGACAACCUGGGCCACGAGGUGAUAACGCUGCAAAGACCCCUCCGGUGUUCUUCCUGCUGUUUUCCCUGCUGCUUACAGGAGCUGGAAGUUCAGGCACCUCCAGGAACGCCAGUUGGUUACGUUGUCCAGAACUGGCAUGCCUGCCUGCCAAAGUUUACCAUUCAAGAUGAGAAAAGAAUGGAUAUACUGAAAAUUACUGGCCCAUGUGUUGUCUGCAGCUGUUGUGAGGACAUUCAUUUUGAGGUGAAGUCUGUGGAUGAGACUUCUACUGUUGGGAGGAUUUCUAAGCAGUGGACUGGGUUUUUGAAAGAAGCCUUUACAGAUGCAGAUAACUUUGGAAUCACAUUCCCAAUGGACCUUGAUGUAAAAAUGAAAGCUGUCAUGAUUGGUGCUUGCUUCCUUAUUGACUUCAUGUUUUUUGAGCAUGCUGGUGAUAACCAACAGCGAACAGGAGUUUGGCAAUGAAAUCUAGAACUUUUAUAAAGAAGGAAGAAGAACAUGAAUCUUUCAACUUUCCAGUGGAUUGCAGAGCUCCAGUAAGAAUGUGAGAAAUAUACAUCCUGUGCUUGUAGUUAUAUUUCUAGAAACUAAAAGCUUUAUGGUCUUUUUUUUUUUUGUGUGUGUAAUCUGAUAAAAUAAUUUGUAGUAUUCAAAUAAGAAUUCUUUGUCUGUACAGAUCAAUACUGAAAUUUACAGAAAUAUAUAGCAACCUUUUUUUCCCAAGAAAUUUGGAAUUGUAAAAUAACUACUUAUAGUUACUUUAAUUCCUAAAAAAGAGGACUACUUCUACAUUCAAUAUUAAUAUAAGCAGUGAGCCUAAUAAAGAGGUCCUGAUCUUUUCCUGCG